CCAGCCAUCACCAGCCAUCACCAGCCAUCACCACCCAUCAUCAGCCGGCGAUGUUACAUCUUAUCAAAUAAUCACACAUGGUGAGCGGUCACUCAAGCCGACGGCGCCGAUUCGAUGCUCUUGGAAUGUUUCCACCUAUAUAUUCACCGGUUCGCACGACUCUACUUCCCUCUUCUCUUCUAUACACAACAUCAUCUUCAUCUUCUCAGCCAAAAAUGGCCCAUCUUCUCACUUACCCGCGACUUCGAUUCGCAUUUUCUUCUUCCGGUCCGAGGACGCCACGAGGUGUCCUUGAGGGAAAGGGCGAAUGGAGUUCCGCACGGAAUAUGUACAUCGACCGCAACGACGCACCGAGAAACGACGCACUGAUAGUCCUGGACGAGGCCCAAACGAUCCGGAGCAUUGAGAGCGCGAACUACAACACCGUCGACGCUGUAAAGGCCCAUUCCCGCUGGGUACUGACGGGCACGCCUGUAGCGAACGGCCUGAUGGAUCUGUGGAUUCUGAUCUGUCUCCUCCAGACCAGGAAGUCAUUGGAACAUCGGGACACGUUCCGCUCGCUGUGUCCGACCCCUCUCCAGCUGAAGAAGAGGCCCAGGAUGACUCAGAAGUCACAAGAGGUGAUGAGGGCAUACGGUCUUCGCACGAAGAGCAUAGAUUUUAUCCAGCUCAAGAUGCCGACGAUGACGGCUUGAAGAUAUGACUGGUGUUCAGCGGAGGAUGGCCGCGGCCACAAAGGAUGGUGGCGGCCGGCACAAAUACAAAAUUCUCGCCGAGUUCGAUAACCAAGCGACAGCGGGUGGUGACGACCCCUACGCCCACUGUAAUGAAUUGCAGAGGGUGGGGAUUUAUUGGGAGAUGAAGGAGGACUGGGGAUGGGCAUAGGUGGAAGCGGAGGAGAACUGGAGACGGAGGAGGACUGGAGAUGUGUAGAGGUGGAAAGCGGAGGAGGACCGGAGAUGGGCAGAGGUGGGAAGCGGAGGAGAACUGGAGAUGGUUCGAAUGCUUGCGGAUGAUUAUAAGUACUUGAGGUGAUUCACCGCCGUGGAUGACGAAUGCCAUUACAAUUGCU